UAGAGGCCAAGCCUUCGGCCAUCCGAAGGAGGAGUAAGAAGCUAGAAGCGGAUCUGAUUGGUUGCUGGAAGACGCCGCGCCCACCUCACAGAAGGACGAACCAGUGAGCUAAGCGGAGGGGGCGCGGGCUCGGCCCGGACACCGGUGAGUCGCCGGCGCUGCAGAGAGAGGCGGCACUGGUCUCGACUUGGAGCGGCCAGCGAUGAAGCCGCCUAGUUCAAUACAGACAAGUGAGUUUGACUCAUCAGACGAAGAGCCUAUUGAAGAUGAACAGACUCCAAUUCAGAUAUCAUGGCUAUCUUUGUCACGAGUGAAUUGUUCUCAGUUUCUCGGUUUAUGUGCUCUUCCAGGUUGUAAAUUUAAAGAUGUUAGAAGAAAUGUCCAAAAAGAUACAGAAGAACUAAAGAGCUGUGGUAUACAAGACGUAUUUGUUUUCUGCACCAGAGGGGAACUGUCAAAAUAUAGAGUCCCAAACCUUCUGGAUCUCUACCAGCAAUGUGGAAUUAUCACCCAUCAUCAUCCAAUCGCAGAUGGAGAGACUCCUGACAUAGCCAGCUGCUGUGAAAUAAUGGAAGAGCUUACAAUCUGCCUUAAAAAUUACCGGAAAACCUUAAUACACUGCUAUGGAGGACUUGGGAGAUCUUGUCUUGUAGCUGCUUGUCUCCUACUAUACCUGUCUGACACAAUAUCGCCAGAGCAAGCCAUAGACAGCCUGCGAGACCUAAGAGGAUCUGGGGCAAUACAGACCAUCAAGCAAUACAAUUAUCUUCAUGAGUUUCGGGACAAAUUAGCUGCACAUCUAUCAUCAAGAGAUUCACAAUCAAGAUCUGUAUCAAGAUAAAGAAUUUCAAAUAGCAUUUAUAUGACCAUGUCUGAAAUGUGAGAGUUCUGGCAUCAUUUGUAUUGAAAUGAAACCACUAGUGUUAUCAACUUGAAUGUAAAUGUACAUGUGCAGAUAUUCCUAAAGUUUUAUUGACAAAA